AUGGCAUCACGCCCCCCGGUUUUCGACGAAACGGUAAGCAGCUGGAGCACGUACAGGAUACGCCUGGAAGCGUAUUUCGAGGGAAAUGAAAUCACCGACAGUGCAAAGCGCCGUGCUCUUCUGGUGUCUUCGUUGAGCGAUAAUGUCGUCCGCCUCUUGCAAGGUCGCCUUUCAACCGUGUCGGUCAACAGCCGAACCUACGAGCAAAUCGUUGAAUACCUGGAGGAACAGUACAAUCCCCAAGUUAAUGAAACAGCAGCAAGUGUCUCGUUCUUCAUGCGCAAGCAACAGGGAGAUGAGAGCGUUCGGGAAUACAUCUCCGACCUCCGAAGAUUGGCGAAGAAUUGCAAUUUCGGCGACUCCCUGAAUCGGAUGCUGCGAGACCGCAUCGUAUGCGGCAUUCGGGAUGACGAUGCCCGUCGUUGCCUCCUUACGCACAAGAAGCUAAGAGUCGAGGAGGCGGAGGAAUUCACUAUAGCAUCGGAAAAAGCACUGAACGACGUGCGAGACAUGCGCGAAGGGCUCCCGGAGACGACAAUGAGCAGCACCAACGUUUUGCAGUCACAGCAAGGGCGGCGGCAUUGUACACAGCGGGGCAAUGAAGCAAGCAGGCAUGCGUGCGAUCGAUGUGGUGGCCCCCACGCUACGCGCACAUGCCGUCAUCGCAACGCAAGAUGCUAUCAUUGCGGCAUUACAGGACACCUGACAAAGGUGUGCAGCCAGGGGCGUUCCCGGGCGACGGGCGCAUUUGCCGUAGAGCCAACAGAAGGUGAGAGCGAAGAAGAGAUGCUGCUUGCUCUCGUUGCUCACAGCUCGGGCGACGGAGCUACAUUGAAGCCACGCGAGGAAAAUUUGACGGUCAAAUAUUCUUCAACUACUCCACGAUACCCAUCCCGGCAUGACGGCUAUGGAGCGUCUGGCGCGCUCAUUGUUUUGGUAUCCCGGAUUGGACCACGACAUUGA